AUGGCAAAAGCAAAAGGCCCAGCCGGCGUCUCCAAUAGACACAUCUACAGUCGAGUCUCCUACCUCCACCAGGCAGCACAUUAUUUGGCCCUGAGUACAACACAAAACACGGCUACGGCCGGCAAUUCACAGGGUGCCCGAGACAAAUCUGCAGCUACCCCCAACCAAACUCCCAAUGCAGAGAUGAAUCUUUCUCGCCAGUACCUGUCUAAUAUGAGGUCUGUAUCUCUGAAGGCGGUGAUUCGACAAAGCCGGAAUAUGAAGCAAGAGGUUUGCAAAUUCUGUGACACACUCCAGAUUGAAGGUGAAACAUGCCAUUCAUCUGUCGAGAACCGCAGCAAAGGUGGCCGAAAACCUUGGGCCGAUAUUCUAGUUGUUCGCUGUGUCAGUUGUGGCCAUGCAAGACGAUAUCCAGUAUCUGCCCCCAAGCAAAUAAGAAAAUCGCUUCGGGUUUCAAAAAAGGACGCUGAGAAAGAGCCCGCCACUGAGAAAUUCGAUCAAGGCCUGCCUUGUGCUACGUGA